AUGCCGAUCCAGGGAGAUGGUCACACAUCUCGGGCGUUUCUAUGGGCGGGUGAUGCUUCAAAGGCGCUCGAUGUGAUCUUCCACAAGGGAACUGACGGUGAGACGUACAAUAUCUCCUCCAAUGACCACUCCCGAGUCCGAGAGGUGACAGAGAAGAUAUUUCAACUCUUCCAUCUGGAUAGGACCCAUGAGUUCGACGACUGGAUUAAGUUUCUACGUGCGCUUGGAUGGAAACAGCGGAUGAAUUUUGACGAGGCAUUAUGGGUGACUGUCGGCUGGUAUUGUCAGGACAGCGAGGGCGUUUGGCUAAAUUGUGAUGGCUCGGCGAGUACCGUCGUCGUUGAUGGCGAUAUUGUUAUUGCCGGAGGCGACCAUAUUCGAGCUGUAUAA